CGUGGUUAUUAUAAGAUCAGCACUCUUGUUGCCGCCCUGUCCCCUUGGAGAGGUCACAACCAGUCGUUGCUACGCUGCGGUGUUAGCAUUGCUGUUGCCGGGGAGGUAUCCGAAGGUGGAGGCGGAGUGCAGCAGCAGCAGCAGCAGCAGCAGCCUGUUGGGACGGACGGUGGCAGACAGAGGACGCGGCUGUCACAUGCUGGAUGAACGGUGACUCGAGGCUGGACUGCGGGAUGACGAAUUGAGCGGAGGAACGUUUAUACUAUCAAAUGGGAAACGCGUGUCAGUAAAUAAACAGUGAAAUAGUCCCUUCGCGUUUUCAUUUAGCAGCUUUAAAGUUGUGGUCGCUCCGUUACGACUGGAGCACGUUCGACCGUGUGAACAGCGUUACCGGGGAGACGGUAACUUAGUGAAGACGUGAAAGCGACGACGGUCCGACUCGAAAUACGUGCGGAUAACAAUUAAGAGUUCAGAUACUUAGCUGGGGGAUUAAAAAAACAACAACAACAACAAGAGGGGAAAUACAUCUCCUGGAGCUGAGGAGGACAUCUCAAGAAGGCGAGGAUCAGAGCAGCAUGGUUACCACAAAGGGAGCAGGUUUGAACCCCAACGCUAAAGUGUGGCAGGAGAUUCCUGCCCACCAGAAUGACAUCCCAGAAGGGACAGAGGAUUCUGCUUGGCUGCUGACACACCCUCCUCCUACAGAGUUGACUGACGGCAAUGUAGAAGUUCCCUCCACCGGGGGGAAAGGAUUCGACGCGGAGUAUCCUGACAGCACUGCUGACUUUGCCCCAGUACCCACAGAGGGCAUUGUGAAUGGCACUGACCAACCUGACUUGAGCUAUUUAGUCUUUGACCAGCAAUUCGAGUCGGCUAUAGAGGGGGAUGUUUCUAAGGAACAACCGAUGUCUGAGGAGAACCUGAGAGAGUCUUUGAAGAAACUGCUUGAGUUCUGCUUUUCUAGAGAGAACUUAUCAAAGGACCUGUACCUGAUAUCCCAGAUGGACAGUGAUCAGUUUGUCCCCAUCUGGACCAUUGCUUGCAUGGAGGACAUCAAAGCCCUAACCACUGACAUGGACCUCAUUCUGGAUGUACUGAGAGCCUCUCCCAUGGUGCAAGUAGAUGAAAGUGGAGAGAGGGUUCGGCCAAACCACAGUCGCUGCAUCAUUAUUCUGAGAGAGGUGCCAGAGACUACACCAGUUGAGGAAGUGGAGGCUCUUUUUAAGAGUGAAAACUGUCCAAAAGCAUUGAGUGCUGAGUUUGCGCACAACAGCAACUGGUACAUUACAUUUCAGUCAGAUAUGGAUGCACAACAGGCUUUUAGAUACCUAAGAGAGGAAGUGAAAACAUUCCAGGGAAAACCAAUCAUGGCCCGCAUUAAGGCCAUAAACACGUUCUUUGGCAAGAACGGCUUCCACAGCGUGGACUCAAGCGUAUACAGUCAUCAGGCUCAACCACAGGCUCAGUAUGGCUCUGCGGUCUACAUGCAGCAGGUGUACAGCCCUCAGCAGCAGUACCCUGUUUACCCUGUGGUGUCUCCAUCCUGGAACCCUUCGGUCGUGCCUUACUUUGAAACACCACUGGCACCUUUCCCGAACGGUGGAUUCGUGAAUGGCUACAGUGGUACAGGGAACUUUGAUGGAAACUCAAACACCCAUCGACACAUGAACAGGAACCGAAACCAUGUUAAGAAUCACACUAGGCACGGGGAUGUGCCCCCUUCUCCUUCUUUGGUUCCGGGGGCCCUGAUGGAUGGCCUGUCUUGUCCCUUGAGUCCACAGCCCCUCCAGACAUCAGGGACACCACCUGGCACCACUUCAGCAACACUCUCUCUGUCUCCCUUCAGCUUUAAAGACACUCCAUCAAAUGGAUAUGUGAGCGGAACUGGACGGGGCAGGAGAGGUAUCCACAGAGGCAUGAGGAGGAAAAGAGAAGAUGAACACACUACGAAGCCUAUCCCUCUGAUGGAAGCAAAGGUAGCACCUCCACCAAACUUUGACCUGGCAGCUUCCAAUUUUCCUCCUUUGCCGGGUGCAGUGGUCAGUGUACCGGGAGAAACUACACCAGAGAUGCGCCUCUCCGAUGUUGUACGUGGCCUUAAAGUGCCCAACAAGUUAAUUCAGUCUGUGAGCCAAGAGUGUAACGAGAACCGACACACAAACGCCUCAGAUGACGCCGUAAACAAACCUGCCCCUGUGACCCCGGUUGCUAAACCUGCCCCUGUGACACCACAGACAGUGGCACCACCAGCCUCAAGUGUUUCUCCUCCAGUAACGGAAGAGAAUAAAGCUGAACCUCCCAUUACAAAGGGAGCAGUCUCCUCGUCCACGCAGGCUGCCUCCCCAACAGGCUCUGAACAAGCCCCUUCAACCUACAGCGAGUCUGUUUCUACAGAAGCACCAUCCUCGUCUCCACCAACUCCAACAUCAGAGCUGGGCCUAAGAAAGCUCAGCUAUGCAGAGGUGUGCCAGAGGCUGGCCAAGGACCCGCCACCAGCACAGACGCCGUCUCCCUCCCCUCCUGCAUCGUCUCCCAGCCAACCCCUGCAAGAACUCAAGGUCAACAGGGUUGAGGAGCCCAGGCCCAACUCCAAGCGCACUACAGACAAACCAGAGAAAUCCGGGGACAGUCGCCCUCCUCGUCAACCAUUACGCUCCUUCAGAGGGGCAAAUGGCCAAGUAAAAUAUGGAGGUGCAGGGCUGAAGAUUCGGGACCAUCAGAGAGGCUUGAAUACUGGCAAACCGUUUUCCCCACAGCGAGGAGCCAGACGCAGUGGCAAAGAACAAAACAUUCCCCCGAGGUCACCAAAAUAACGUAAAAAAAGGAACCUAUAAAACAUGAACUAAAAUAAUAAGAAUAUAUAUGUAAAUAUAUAAUAUAUGUAAAUAGAGAGAUGAAUAUA